UACCUCACAAAAAGCCUCUGCAAAACCAUUCCACAACGUGCGAGUCAUAAGGGUGUCGCAACAUGAACAAGAACAAAUAGGGGUAAUUAACUAGCAUACUCUCCUGACUAUUGUUGUAUAGUGGUUCCUUAAACACAAUGAAUUAUUCUCCAUGGAGAGCCGAUAGGUAUCUUAUGAGCUUUCGUUUCAAGACGAUGUUAGAUUCUCAUCAUUACUGCUCAGCUCUGGGCAAAGAUAUCAGCUUUGGCACAGGGAGGCAUGGAGUGAACGUGCGCGUGACCAACCGUGUACUGACCCCGCUGGCUCCAGACCACCUGCAGUCUGUGGCAUUGAGUGUCCCAGGCCUUUACGCACGGUUUCAGCAGUACCCAACAGAUAGAAACCUCUAUCACUGUGGACAGUUGCAGAUCUACAGGCUUCCCAGUGCAACUUCAGAGGGCGACUGUAGAGAGCUGUCUGACUCACUUUUGCUGAAAGACGGUGAACCAGUGGGUGGCUCUGAAGAGCAGCAAAGUGGGCCUGGAAGCUUGGCGGAAGCCAACCUGUCAGCUGACAGCGAUGUGCACUCCCAGAUCAGUGACGCAGACGAGUUCUACACCUGUUCCUCCCCCGACACCGUGCCCUCGGAUACGGCAGAUAGCGACGGCUUCCACUCGGCCAGCGGUGACCUCCCAUCUCUGUCCCCGCGGCUGUCGGGCAAAGGAGGUGACGAGCAGGUCUUCGUGGAGUUCAGAGGUCAGAGAUACCUGCGCCUGCUGACCCCAGCGAAAGGGAGGGAGGGGGACGUGGAGUCCAGCUGGGUGGUCACAGACUUCACCGAGGACGGGGAGGAGCUGGUGUUUUCCUUGUGUCUGGACUUCAUUCGGCCCCAGCCUGUGGUGCCACGCUGGAUGAAGGACCUGGAGGAGGAGAGCAAGUGACAUGACAGAGCACUGACCAGCUAUCAUUAUUCAGACUCAGUAGUGGAAGAUUAAUGAACAUGUUUCACCUGAUAGGAAUAAAAAAGUGAGAUGGA